GCAGGGUGGAGCCUGCGCCUCACCAACAUGGCUGCCACGUCCUGUGAACUUCGUCACGUCCGGUUCUGGCUGAAAGGAUCCACCGAUAUCAACCCGUCGCUUCCGCUCGCAAAAGACUUGUUGCACCCGUCCCCCGAGGAGGAGAAGAGGAAGCACAAGAAGAAGCGUCUCGUACAGAGUCCUAACUCUUACUUCAUGGAUGUGAAAUGUCCAGGAUGCUACAAGAUCACGACAGUGUUCAGUCACGCUCAGACAGUCGUGCUGUGUGUUGGCUGUUCAACGGUCCUGUGCCAGCCCACUGGAGGCAAAGCGCGUCUCACAGAGGGGUGCUCAUUCAGGAGGAAGCAGCACUAGAGGUUCUCCCGGCGCUGAAGGGGAGAGGAGGGAAUGGACCGGUGGAUAUCAGCACCUUCAUCCUCGCUACGUGGCGUCAGACCCAGGGGCCUGAUCUGACAUGACACCUAAAGACUGGGCCAGCAGAUGGGUUUCCCCUGUUCCUGAUCAUUGUUGCUGUAACUCUGCCCUCCAAACCCGUCUCUCUUUAAUAAAAUGUUGUUUUGGCUAAGGGAA